AUGUGGAAUUUGUACGAAUUGCUAAGAGUUGAGACCAAUUGCCAGACAAUUGUCGCCAUCGUCUCGGAGUCAUUGAGCUAUCGUUUGAGACAAUCGUUUCGUUUGAUGUGUUUAUUAUAUAAAUUGAAUUUAGAUUUAAAAUUAAUUUCCGUUUCAAACGUUAUUUGCGAGCAAUCGUACGACCAAUACGUCCGGUCGCUAAGCGAGAGAUUAAUGGAUCAAAACGUGGACUCUUCAGAUAUCAGCGCCGACAAUUUUGAAACACUAAUUGACACGUCGAUAGCGUUAUCGUUGUUGACGACAAGACCUUCAAUAGUGAUCGCAAGAGUGGAGCCGUAUCUAAACGAAGCGACUUUUAUUCAAUACAAUUGCGGACGUCUUAAGGCUAUCAUCGAUCGAUACGAUCGAGAAUAUGUUGCCAAUGGUGUGGACGCCGCCCGAGACCUAUCACUUCUCACCCACGACUUGGAGUGGACUUUGGUUUUGCAUAAUUUGUCUAAAUAUCGAUCGAUUAUCGCCGCGAGUGAUGACAUAAACGCCACUUUCAGUCAAUUGGUUCUGUUUCUCAAAGAGUUUGUCAGAGAUGUCAGCGUUUACUACAAGAAAGUGAAGAUUUUGACGGAACCGUCCGCUCAUCUCCGCGGUUGA